ACCAUGCGAUCGAUGGUAACAGCAAUUCACAUCAUGUUAAUUCUCACAAAACACCAAGGAAAACAUGAGUAACUUACAGGAAGGACCAUACCAACCAUCGGAUUAUUUGUUAAAUAAUAUUUACAAGAUUUUCAAUGCCAAAUAGCGAAAAUUGUCGCGGGAAGACUGCAGACACGUGCAUGGGAUUUGGCGCGAAAACGGUUUGGUUAAUGUGGUGCAAAGCCUAAAGCUCAUACAAAGGACAGAAAGGAGUUGAGAUUGCUGCUAACCUUACAGUAACCAGGGUCUGUGUAAAGAGCAUAUAUUUCAUAAAUGUGUGCUGACCAAAGGCCAAGUAAGUGCAAUAACGUCUGCAUUGAAAAGUGUUGAUCCAGAUUUCAAACCUGUGCCACCUGAUGCACCAGCAAGAACCAAGUUGCCAAAUAAUCGGCUACUGAAUCCAAUGAUGGAACCAAUAACCGAGCAAGUGGAGGACAAUUCAGUUUUUCCAGAUUCAUGGCAGGAUAAUCUGCAUGACCUUUUUGAGCAGCAACUGCAGAAUGAAAUCAAAGGUUUUGUUACUAUUCCUUCAAUCGAGAGAAAAGGGGCAGUAUCCGAGAAGGAUGGAAAGAGGAAACAGCUAUACAUAGACAUCAGUGAGGAUUGGAGAAAGUCAUUGCAAGAGACGAUUGAAAAGGAAAUUGCUAAUGGAAUGCUUGGAAAAGACAUUAAAUAUUCAAGUGGAAAAACUCUCCAGCACAAGUUCAUUCCUUACUUAAGUCUUCUUGAUCCAAAAGAUCUAAGCGAAAUUGUUGUUAAUGAAAUCUUGCCGAUUCUGUGCUCACAACCUCAAGGCGUGUCUGUCAAUUUCAUUUGCCGACAUCUGGGCGGACUGAUUCAUUCGCGAUACGCAAUGAAAUGCAAAAUAGAGGCAGGAGUUGUUGAAAAGGUGCGAGAAAUAUACACAGAGUAUGGCGAAUAUGCUGUUGAUAUUGACAAAGUUUCCAAAGAUCUUCCAAGGUCAAAAUGGUAUGAGAUUGAGCGAAAGGCCGAAAAUCUCGCAUCACUGAAAGUCAAUGCUCCAAUUUGGCCGUAUACAGUGAAAGUUUUGGUAAGAUCGUCAAAGUAACUUUUUUGAGUAAUA